AUGUUUAAAGCAAAUGUUUAUUGUCUUGUUGUUGCUCUUCUAAGUUUGGUCGUUUCAAUAAAAUGUCAAUGUCAAUCUGGAAAUUCAUCUCAAUAUGUUCAAUGUUCACAAAAUGCUCAAUGUGGAUGUUUACAAUAUUCAUUUUCGAGUUCGAUGUAUGUCUGCGGAUUAGUUAGCUAUUCCUGUGGACAAUUUCCUCAAUGUCGACCACCGAAUGAUGCAUGUGACGCAAACGAAAUUUGUAUUCGUCAUCCUCGAUGUAAUUCCCAGCCAGUUUGCUAUCCAUUAUCAAUGAUCAAUGAACAAUCAUGUCCACCAGGAACAGUUUCUCAAACGACUGAGCCAAUACAGCGAAUAUCAAAUUAUACAAGUGAAUUAAAUUCUUUAGACGGAAGAUACACACGUCCUGGAGGUUCUCCUCAAACUUACUAUGAAGCAAUUCAACUAUACGUUCCAACAUCCGGUUACUAUGACUUAACAAGUGUGAGCAGAUUAGAUACACACGGUUAUCUUUACAAUGGAACAUUUAAUCCAUUUGAUCCUCAAUCUAAUUUAAUUGCUCAUAAUGAUGAUGGAGCGGCUGGAAGUCAAUUCAAAUUACCUGUUUAUCUCCAAGCUGGAAUUCCGUAUACAUUGGUUGUAACGACUCAUAAUGCAGGUAAUACAGGGCCUUUUUCAGUUAUUGCACAAGGUCCAGGAAAUAUCUAUUUUUCUCCAUUAAAUCCUGUGACAACAACGACGACAACGACAUCAACUACAACAACUUCAGCAAUAAUCGUCUCUGCAUUUUAUAAUGGUGAUUUAACAUCUUCAAAUCCAUUUUAUAAUCGCACCGGAGGUUCAACAGGACAAUAUUACUACCAAGCAUUUGAAAUACAAGUAAGCAUCACAGGCACUUACACAUUCACAAGUACAAGUAAUAUGGACACAUUUGGUUAUAUAUAUCAAGGAAAUUUCUAUCCAUUUGCACCUCAAAUAAAUGUCCAUGGUCAAGAUGAUGACUCAGCUGUAUACACAACUUAUUCACCAAAUACUUUUGGAAAAUAUUCCGUUUCAGCAGCCGGUCCAGGUCGAUUUGAAAAAUAUCAAUCCGGAAAUAGUUCGAUUGAUGAUGUACCUGCGAUUCAUCAAGCUCUGUCAAUGUGUGGAAAUGGUGGAAUAAUAAUCAUUCCUGCUGGACAAAUAUUCACCAUUCGUAGUCCAUUGAAUUUUCAAGAUUGUCAUUCAUGUGAUUUUCAAAUCGAAGGAACGUUGAAGAUUUUCGAUGAUUUGGAGUAUUGGCAAGAAAAAAAAGCGUUUUUUGUUUUCGCGAAUGUCAAGGACGGGACAUUUCAUUCUUUAACUGACGUCAUGACGAAAUUAAUAUUUCCAUCAGGUCCCGAUGAGGAUGAAUCUUCUAAUGAAAAAACUCAAGAUCGUAAAGCAUUCUCAAACGCAUUGAAACGAUUACCACUAUUGAAAAUCCCAACUGAUAAUAAUUUUCAAGAACACGAACUUCUAUUAGCGUCGAUAUCAGAUUAUGGGAAUAAAUAUUUCCAAUCACCAGAAUAUUCUCAACUUAUUCAAAGUAUGAUACUUCAAAUCACAAAUUACUCCAAUCAAACAAUCCUUGUUCCAUGUCUAAUCAAACCUGAUUAUCCAAGCUCGGUCUUAAACUGGAUAAAUCGACUUCCAAACGAACAAUCGUCACCGAGUUAUAAACACCUUAUUGGUAUAAUUUAUAACAUCAGUCGUCACGAUGAAGGUGUACAAAUUUUGAAUGCACUUGAUGCAACAAACAAGUUAAAAGAAUUUCAAAAAGAUCAUCGAAUUGCUGAAAUCGAUAUAAUCUGUGCAAUGACAAUGGCACUUCUUUCUACACCUGAACAAAUUAAAAAUGAACGUAAACGAAUGAAUAAUAUUCUUGACCAAUUGCUGGAAAUCGUUAAUGAUGCAUCAAAACGACCACCGACAUAUAUGAGUGAUGGAUGGCAUAUUUCUGAACCGUCGAUUGUUUUAGUUCGAUUGAUUUGUUAUGAAAGAACAUUGGAUUAUAUUUUACAACAUGCACAAGUGGAAUUUGAUGCUGAUUCGAUCGUGAAAUUUUUUAUUGAAUUAUUCUUAAAUUUUCACAAACAAGUUCAACAAAAUGAUCCGUUGAAAUUAUCAACAUUGACGGCACUUUGUAAUAUCCUAUGGAGUAUUUCACUUCGACAACAAUAUAAAGACGAAUUGAAAGAAAAUCUUCAAUUAAAAAGUUUAUUAGAAGAAUUUAUCCAUCAGAAAACUCUGAUUGAUCCGACUCAUUAUGUACCGAAAUAUAUGGAAAAUAUCCAAAAAGCUGCAGAAGGUAUUCUUUGUAAUAUUAACACGAAUGAAAUUAAUCUUUCGAAUCAACAGCAAAUAUCAACAUUAACAAAAGAUAAAAAACCAUCAAUUAUGAUUAGUUAUGCUCAUAGUGAUAAUAGCAUUUGUUCUCAAAUCUACAAUGAAUUGGACAAAUACAAUAGACAAUUUGAUAUUUGGAUUGAUUGGAAAAAUAGUAAAACAGGUUAUUUGUGGGGAAAAAUAGCGGAUGGAAUGGCAGAUGCAAACAUUAUUUUAUGUUUAUUAUCAAGUAAAUAUUACGAAAGUAAAUCGUGUCAACAAGAAUUCGUCUAUGCACAUGAUCAUUUGAAGAAAAUUAUCAUCCCAAUCUUUAUUUUGGAUGAUAAACCACCGGGAUGGAUAGCUAUUCAUACGUGCAUUAUGAAAUAUGUUCGAUUUAGAAAUGUAAAGCAACUGGAACAAGAGAAAUUCAAAGAGCUGAUAGAGAUGAUCAAAGAAAACCUUUUCGGAAUCAAUUUAACAAAAGAUGAACAAUCAUUAACAUUGCCUGUUCAUCAUGAUAUUCCAGUUAUAAGUGAAAAAGAUGCUCACGAGCUACUAGUCGAUCUUUCGAAAAAACCAGUCAAUCAAUGGACUAAAAGUGAUAUUAAACAAUGGUUUCAGGAAAAUCAAAUUCCAAUAGAUCUGUGGAAGUUAUAUCAAUUUGAAAAUGGUUCUCACAUGUUAAAUUAUGCAAAGAGUCUUACGAAUGAUGACAAAAUCGAAUCGCAACGAGAAAUUUAUUCGAAUGAAUUCAGUGAAGUAUGCAAAGGUAAACGCCUUUUACCACAUCAGUUCACAACAUUUGCUUUUCUACUACGAAAAUUGUACCUGGAACAAAUUACAAGUGAACCAACAAAGUCGCAAACAUGUCAAAUAUCUUGA